AUGCAUCAUUUCAAGCUUUGGGUGCUCCUCUUGAUACAGAGCCACGCUGUUUACUCUACAUUCCGAUGCAGUGACCUUUCAAAAGAAAACAAGACGAAGGACCACGGUGUCUGUGUGAGGAAAGUCGUUGAUAAUGAUUGGUUAAACACUGAAGUAAACGAUUUCGAUUUGACUGUUGGAUUCCUUCGGCUUGAUGCCAAUGCUAAAGGAGGCGAUCUAUUUACCUGCGAUGGUUUGAAAAUUGCCGAGGAACGAAUAACGACAAGGUAUUGCUGCGACCUCGUGAAAGACAUUCAUAUCCGCCCGAUAACGCAAGGAGACUUGAACCUUCAUUGUUAUACUCGAGAUGCCAAAAAAGCACGCCCGCGCUGA